UACUAUUGACCAUUCUACUAUGAUUGUUCUUGCUGGACUGUGGUCUGAAGAUUGUAAGGAAGAACGCAGUCUUGUAAUCAAUCCUUCAUCUAUCCCCGCUCAUUCUUCUGGCUCAAAUUCAAGUUUUAUGUCACUAAAUGCGCCAUUGGGCACACGGAAUCUUAUGGGUCACUGUACUUCGUCCACAUAUGUGCUAAAUGAUCAUAUGAAUCAAUUAGGAAUUUUUUUUAUAUUCCAAGACUUGUCAGUUAGAACAGAAG